AUGGCGUGGCACCUCCGUUUGCCAGCAGAUUUGCAGCGCGCUGCGCCUGAGCUGUAUCGCAACAUUCGUUCAGAAGGAUGCAGCUCAGUGCGGCAAUGGGUCAAUGACCAGCACCCUACGCUGGAGUUGAAGCAGUCAUCUGGGUACCAAGACCUUUUCACGGCUGCCACUAUCAUUGAUUUUGAGCUAGCAGAUUGCAAGAGUGAGGCGGCCAUCAUGCAUCGCCUUGGCACCUCAGACACUUUAGAGAUCCAGUUGAGAAAGCUAGGUGCAUACGUCUACUACAGACGCACCAAGGACCGCACAGGCGCAAACCGCAUGUUGGGUGUGCGUGCACCUGGAGCAAAUGCUGACAUAGCACCAAAAUGGCUGCUGGACGACGCCAACUCUCACUCCAAGCUCGAAUGGCAGAGGACCGAGAGAGGAAAUAGGAUGUCCAAGCAGGAACAUGGAAGUCAGCAGUCGUCUUCGCAGCAUGCCAUCAAGUAUGGGGUCACCGCAGUGCAUGAGCAGGUCACACAUCCUGCCUCUUGUUGCGUGACCGAGACAGAGGCAGAGGAAUUCAAAAGGAGACUCGAUGGUUUUGCUCUCCUACCAUUGCCAACUCCAGAGCGGCCGGAAUGGAAGCGACAUCGCUCAGCUCGUUUGCGCACUCGACAAAAGCAUCGUUUGCAGGUGUGGAGAGUAGCGUGCGGGCUCGUCAAUACCAUCAACGCUCUGAACUAUGGUGAAGUUGACACCAAGCUGACAUCGCCUGAAGCAGCAAGAUUUGGCCGAGUGAAGGCUACGGCUGCCAGGACUCACGUUGUGCAACGCCUCCUCAGUGAGGCAUCUGCAAUAGCGCGGGAACGCCGGAGCUGUGGCUUGACAGGCGUCCAGUCUUCGCGAGCAGUGGCAUCCCUUUUGAAGCAGCCAGUCGAUGAUCUUGGUUAUAUGAACUUCUGCAAAGUAAAACAGGUGCCUCUUGAGGCAGCAAGGCUUGUGGAACCUCCGGACACUAGAGCCAUUGACAUGCUUGCAGCCCUUCCAGCAGAAGACGCUUGUUUUUAUGAGCAUGAAAGCAAUGUCAUUGAUGUAGAAGGCAAGUCCGAGUCCAUGUUCAAAGAGCUAGAAUCUCACUACGGGUUUAUCGGGGGCUCUGAACAGGAGUACCUCAAAUACCUGGAGCGGGAUGAUGUGCAGCACCUUUGGCAAUGGGACCACAUGCGCAACAUAAGAGCUAUUGCUGGCGUGUCCGCCGUUCCAAAGAAAAACCCUGAACAGCAGAGAAAGCUAAUCAUGCAAGUCGCUGCCAACUACAUGAUGGUCGACCCUUCAAGCAGAGCGCACUUGGGCAUGGAUGGCGGGGGAGCUCUGUCACGGUGCUAU